AUGGAGGGAAUUGGGAUCGAUGAUAUCCUCGCGUCGGUUGACAGGGGUGAUUUCUACUCUCCUGAGGCCACAGCCGUCGACCACCAGCAGCUAACGCGGUUCUGGGUCGCGGAGCGGGCUGUUCCUGAAUUGCUGCCAUGGCCUGGCGCGUUGAUGGACCGCAUGAUGGAGAGGGUUUCAAAGCAGAUAUCCAAGAUCGAGGACCUGUCAAUGGCAGCGGCCGACCCGCUCUCACCGGAGAACAAUAACCAGAACAAGCCAACACUGAACCUCAGGUUAUCAAUAAUGCAGUCUGAUCUGGCACGAACGCAAUACAUCAUUCGCUCAAUAUUGCGCCAGAGAUUAUCGAAGCUUAUCAAGUAUAGCAUAUACUAUUUACGAAUAUCGAUGAAUCAGGAAAUACAAACCCCCGCGAGAACGGAUGCGGCGUCCCUACUCUCUGAGAAAGAACUGCAGUUUCUACGCGGCCACCAGUCACUUUUAACAACGCAUUACAAUGCUUCGUUUCUCUCUACGUUCCCUCCAAACCUGAAAAGGCUGGAUGAUAACGUUGGUGGUACGAAUAUGGUUGUUGCCCCAGAGAAUAAAGAGGUUGUUUUCGUGCGGUGUUUGAGCGACGAGUCUAGGAUUGUCAUCCCGGCUUCAGAGGGGGAGGAUGGGAUUGCUGGGCUCGAGAGGUAUGGUGGAAGCAUGGUUAGGGGCGAGGUAUGGGUCGUUCGAUGGGAGGGUGUCAAGGAUGCAUGGAAGAGGGGGGAUAUCGAGGUUCUUUAG